GAGAAAGCGAGACACGGAGCCCAGCUUCGUUCUCGACUGAGCGUUAUCCGACCAUCCCCGUCGCAAGUCGACCACCUCUAGCCGACACACUCGAGCCCGCGGCCUCCUCUUCCGCGGCGACCGAAUUCCAGUUGUAGCUGCAGGAAGAAGUGGGAGAUUGACAGGGAAUAAGCUUCGGCUUCUUGCGGAUUGUGCCUCCUCUGAUAUCAAAGUCUGAAUCUUUCUUCGUGCCCUCCUCAGCUCUCUCUUCGCCAAACGUAAGAAUUCGAAGGACUUGAGCUAGAAGGACCAUGGGGAAGAGGUCCGGGAGUCAGAAAAGGGAGAAGAGGGGCUCUAAGAAGAGGGCUAUCGAUGAAGACGCGGCCUCGGAAGACAUUGAUGACGAAAUAGAUGCCUUUCACAAACAAAGGGAUGUUGUGCCACUGAACAUUCACAGUGAUGCUGGGGAGUCAGAUGAUGACAAUGAAGAGCCUGUCUUUGAUUUUAAGGAUGAAGAGGAUGAAGAGGAGGAUGAAGAUGAUGACACUCAAUUGACCGGGCUUGCUGCAAAAAUUGCAAGACAACAAAAGUUUUUGCGGGCGAAAAUUGGUGGGGUGGAAGAUGAAAUGCAUGAUGGGGAGGAAGAAGAUGAAGACAAGAAGGCCGUUUGGGGCAGAAGUAAGAGACAGUACUAUAAUGCUGAUGAGGCAACCUCUAGCGAUGAGGAAAUUCCAGCAGAGGAAGAGGCAGAGGUGUUAAGAUUGCAGAGGGAGAAAGCAAAAUCAUUAUCAAUGGAGGACUUUGGGCUUGAAGAUAUUAGUCCAGAUGAGGCCACUGCGGAACCAACUUUAGGGGAAAUUAUGGUUGGAGGAAAAGGUAAAUUUGAAUCUGGCGUACAUGAAGGCACUGGAGAUGAUAUUGUGACAGCUUUUGAGGAGGUAAAAAAAGAUUUGAAUGCACUGUCAAAGGAGGAGCAAAUGGAUGUUGUAUAUAGUUCUGCUCCAGAAUUGGUGGGACUGCUGUCUGAGCUGAAUGAUGCAGUUGAAGAGCUUGAAAGCAGAAUCAAUCCGCUUCUAAGCAAGGUCAUAUUCUCUUGUUGUUCAGCAUGUGUCUUUUAUUCUAUGAAGGUUAAAAAGAGGGAAAGUACAAUGAAAGGAGGAUCACGCUAUUUGGAAGUAAAGCAGGUUCUGCUGCAGGCCUAUUGCCAAGCAAUUACCUUUUAUCUCCUCCUUAAGUCUGAGGGACAACCAGUUCGUGAUCAUCCUGUUAUAGCUCGCCUUGUGGAGAUCAAAAGCUUAUUGGAGAAGAUGAAACAACUUGAUGAAAACCUUCCAUCUCACCUCGAGGAGAUUCUAAAACAAAGUACUUCAGAUAAAAUGCCAGAAAAGUUGGUGAAUGAUGAAAAUUUGUUGCAAUCUGAUGAUUCUGAUGAAGAUGACGAGUCCAUUCCACCGCCUAUUGAUGUUCAAGAUCAAGAGGCAAAACAUCCUCAUGAACCCAUUCAGGACAAUGAGAAUAAUGGAGAGAAACAUAAACCUCAGAAGGAACAAUUUGGGGUGCAAAGCUUGAAGAUGUUAAAUGUGAGGGCUGCCCUUGAGGAAAAAUUGAGGCACAAGAAUGUUUUUAGUUCAAAUGCUUCAAAAGGGGAGAAAAACCAAAAAACAUCGAAACCAGUGAACAGGCAGCUAGAGACCUAUGCAGAUUUCGAUGAUCAUGCUACUGAAGAUGUAGCAUCUCGUCAUGGGUUGAUGAAUGGGCAUGCAGGAUCAUUAGAAUUAACUAAACUCUCCAAUCUUCUGCAGGUUGAAAACAAGAGACAGAAGGUCAUAUCGGGUGAUGAUGAUUUGCCAAGGAGGGAUGAUAUUGGAGAAAGGCGGAGGAAACAUGAGCUUCAAGUAUUGGCUGGAGCUGGAGUUAAGUCAGAGGAUGAUCUCGGUGACGAAGAUGGGAAUCUUGAGGCUAAUGGAGGUGCUGACUCUGAGGAAAGUGAAUCUGAAGAGUCAGCCGAUGAGUUUUAUAAGCAAGUGAAGCAGCAACGAGCUGCAAAACUCGCCACCAAAGCAGAGAUGUAUACAAGGGAUCUGGCAAUUCCAUCUUUGCCUGAGACAGUUGAUGGAAAGCGCCACAUCACUUAUCAGAUGGAGAAAAAUAGAGGAUUGACCCGUAAUCGGAAGAAACAAACGAAAAAUCCAAGGAAGAAGUACCGGAGUAAGCAUGAGAAGGCAGUGGUCCGACGAAAAGGGCAAGUUCGGGAAAUCAGGAAGCCAUCCGGACCUUAUGGUGGGGAAGCAUCUGGUAUUAAUGCAGGAAUCAGUCGAAGCAUAAGAUUCAAGAGCUAAAUGCUACUACUUUGGAUGAAAAUCUGUCGUGCGGACCUUGGAGCAACCUGCCGGUGAUUUGGGUGACAGGAGUAUAUAUACAUAGUCGAGCUUCUACAGUUGCACAAGCAUCAGUUGGAGUCUAACGGGGAUGUAAGGGGACGAGUUAGGAGCCCUGGCAGAUACGUAUUGCCCAUCAGUGGCAGGCCAUUUUUGUUAGUAUUGGAAGACUGGAGUUUCACUUGAGUAGAGAUUGCUUUCCAUGUGGAAGGCCUUGUAUUAUUAGCAAGAAAUCUUGUUGGAAUUUGGUUAUUAAAGAUUGUAACUUUUUUUGGGCUUCAAAGAUUGUGACUUCAUCCUCUCUUUUUUCCUAUUUCUUUGUAAGGAGCCGAUUCCGUAUGUUCAGUUUUAACUCCCCGCCCAAGGGGUUUUUCUCUUCA